ACGUGUCGACGUUGCGAAACAGCAGCAUCGGUAUCCACAGUGCUUGCAGUGGCCCUGUUCACGAUGGAUGUGAAGAAGUUAGAGGGUGUCCCGGGAAUUGGUGGCCUCGUCAGGAGGUUUUCACUUGGUUUCCGUGAAGUUGUUCUCAUAGGUAUAUUGAUUGUGACGGUACUGAUGUUUGUGAUAUUCGCGGGGAUGUAUGGAAGUACAAAAAAGAGCGAGGAGAGAGCUCAGGUGCAGGCUCUCAAAGGAGAUCAAGUGGACAAAACCUGUUUUACCAAACUCUGUCUGGAGAGCACAGGCUACACGCUGUCAAGCAUGAACCUCAGCGCCAAACCCUGCGACAACUUCUACAACUACGCAUGCGGCAACUACAAGGUGUUCCACAAGCUGGACGCCGACCACUCGUCACACACCUUCUUGACAGACAUGUUAGAUUCAAAUGAAGAGAAACUCAAGACAUUAUUGGAAAGACCAGUGAAGCGGAACACGGACUGGGCGUCGGAGAGGAAGCUGAAGCACCUGUUCCAGUCGUGCAUGGAUGACUUCAGCCGAGAGAGGCUGAAGGGGACGCCGUUCAUCCAGCAGGUACUGCAGCCUCUAGGAGGAUGGUACGUCCUGGGCACGUGGGGGGCGUCCAACUGGAACCUGAACGAGGUACUGAAGAAGGUGCAGACUGACUUCUGGGUGGACGCCAUGUGGGCCCCGAGGGUCGGAAUUGACGACUACAACCCAUCCAGGACAGUCAUUGAGAUCUACCCGGCAGGAACCAGUCGGCACAUGUACUGGUACUACUACGUCAGCCCGUAUGCAAAGAAGCUGUUCCAGAUCUACCCGGCAGGAACCAGUCGGCACAUGUACUGGUACUACUACGUCAGCCCGUAUGCAAAGAAGAUCCAGGAUGAUUAUAAGACGUUCAUUGCACGAGUCGCCAACCUGGUCGUGAGAGACUCUAAUGUCAGUAUCGACGCCACAACGCAGCAGGAGCGAGUCAGCACGUUUGUAGAUGACGCCUUUACCAUAGAAGCCAAGAUAGCUGAGUUGGCGCUGAAAUCGCCAUGGCAAAUCAACCCUUACGCUUACUCCAACCAGCUGACCCUGGAUGAACUGACCACGGUCACUGGAGGACUGAUAGACUUCCUCCAGCAGUCCGCAUACCUCUUCAGCACAGCAGGAGUAAAUGGAAGAAAAAGCACCGUCGUCUUCAAUCUGGAAUACCUGAAGGGGCUUGUCGCCAUGAUAAAGAGCCUAUCUUCGGGAGACCAAGCAAGGAUGCUUCACAACUACCUGAUCUGGCGGGUGAUGGAGGUAUAUGUCGAGGACUUGUCGACGGAAUAUAUCCACGCCAACAGGGAGGUGUUGUUCGACACGUCGGGGAGGACGGAGUUCCCGGGCAGAUGGGAAUACUGCUUCGGCUACGUCAGCUACGUCAUGCCUGAAGCCCUGGGCCAGCUGUACAUCGUCGACCAUUUUGCAGACCAGAAUAAAGAAAAGGUGACAGAUAUUACUGAAACGACAAAGCAAGCACUGGCUGACCUUCUAAGACAGACUCGAUGGAUGGACGCCGCCACAAGAGCCAAGGCUGAGGCUAAGAUAAAAGGAGCCUCUUACAAACUCGGUUACUCAGACUUGCUGAAAAACAAAGACAAUAUCGAUGUCCUCUAUCAACCAAUCAACAUAAACGCAUCGGAUUUCUUUGGGAACAUCCUGAGCAUGAACAACUACCACAAACUGGCCUGGAGCAAGGAACUGGUGAAAGGCGAGGACAGGAACCAGUGGUACUUCAGCACGUUCGACACCAACAUGGCCGUGCUAUGGUACUGGAACGAAGUGAUCGUCCCCGCGGGGCUGCUGCAGUUCCCCAUCUACGACUUCAAACUCCCUCACUACUUCACAUUUGGUUCGUUCGGCACAAUCCUCGGACACUUCGUCAUCCACCUCGUCGACGAGUACGGGAAAAAUUGGGACACAACAGGAAGGUACCUGGGAUCUCAGAACUCGUGGUGGACCAACGCUACUGUGACGUCAUACGGGGACGUGAAGAAAUGCAUGAUUGACGCCUACAACACGACCCAGGGGCCGUUCACUCAACCAGAUGGCAAGCAAGUGUAUUUCCCGAUACGCUCCUCUAGGACAGCCACCGACAACAUAGCAAAGGUCACGGGUGUGCGGCUUGCCUACAAUGCCUAUCACAAGUGGGAGUCCAAAUAUGGCGUGGAGAAGUUGGCGCCAUCGGGUCAAGGUCUCACAAACGACCAGCUCUUCUUCAUUUCAUACGCCCAGACGUACUGUUUCAAUCGCGACCCUAACGUGGCCUACCGCCUGGGCAGGUACAACAUCAGGGAGGAUUACAGUGUAAACUUGGCAGUCAGUCAACUUGACGAGUUUAACAAAGCCUUUAAGUGUCCGGCGAACGCCAAACUGAACCCUUCUACCAAGUGUGGCCUGUACUGACCUCUGGCUGACCUCUAGAGGACACUGAUACUAUGGCCAGUACUCGACAGUUGGAACAAGUAUUAACAGAAAACCUAGAAAAGUGAAGGAAGACGUGAAACAUUGGAAGAAAUGUGGAGACAUCAAGAGAUGUAGGUUGUGACUCUAUUGUCGGAGGGGGGGAGGGCAAGACUCAUGCAGGAGCUGGACACAAAUAUCUCGCUUGGACCUGGAUGUCGUCUAACUACUCCUCGGACCACAGAGCCGAGGUGUACAGAAUUACAUAAACAUACAGUGCGACUCACUUCAUGAUCCCAUGAAAAUAAUAUCUAAAAAUAAUAUCUGCAUAAAAUGUCUAUGUUUACACUUUGUAUAUACACACUUGUAUAUCUGUGUAGUAAAAUGUCUAUGUUUA